CUCCUCGGGGCGCAGACCGAGGCUGACCACAGACAAAGGGAGUGUGCGCUCAUUGGCUCCGGCCAUGUGCGCUCCGUUGUCCCCAGCGCGAGCAGCUCAACCCCUAUUCACAUGUUAAUGAGCCCCUAUAAAUACUAACUACAGCCACUCGACAGCAGCAGCAGCAGGGCUCAUUGGGAUUGCACAAUCAACGCAGGGAGCCUCGCCUGCUAGUUUGUCGAUUUCUUUCUUCUCUUUUUUUCUGCCUGUAACCGGUUCUGUCUGCCAGCUGCACGCUGCGGACGACUCAGGAGGCGAAAGCAGGAGUGGGAGAAGCCACAGACACGGCUAUCCAACCAACAUGGCACCCUCGGUUCGGCCCAACAGCACCGGAGUUUGCACGGACGAAGACGAGCCCUACUACGGGAUUCAGAAAGGGGACAGAAAGACCAGGAAACCUCUGGUGGAGAAGAAGAGAAGAGCACGCAUCAAUGAGAGUUUGCAGGAGUUGCGGACUUUGCUGGCUGACACAGAGUUUCAUUCCAAGAUGGAGAACGCAGAGGUGCUGGAAAUGACAGUGAAAAAGGUGGAAGACAUACUAAAGAGUCGAACCCAAGAAACAGACGCACUCAACCGAGAAGCCAGUGAGAGGUUUGCGGCCGGCUACAUCCAGUGCAUGCACGAGGUCCACAUGUUUGUGUCCAGCUGUCCAGGCUUAGACGCAACGGUGGCAGCCGAGCUUCUUAAUCAUCUACUGGAGUGUAUGCCCCUGAAUGAGGACCACCUCCAGGAUGUGCUGAUGGACCUAAUCACAGACACUUCCCACAGCAACGCCGGCACUUGGCUUGGAGGCAAUGAGGUGCUUAGCACGACUCUGGCCUCUCUGGAAGGAAGGAGCCUGCCCAGCAGCGAGCCAUCUGCCCUCUCCCCGGCCCCCUCCACCACAUCCAGUGAGGACUUGUGCUCUGACCUGGAUGAGACGGACAGCGAGCACAACCAGAGCUCAACAGAUGUUAUGGAGAACAAGGAAGCUUUGAGCAUGCCCACCUUGACCUACUCUCGGUCCAUGUGGAGACCUUGGUAGGGUAUUCGUUAAUACACCGAAACAGGAAUUGUGGAAUUUCUUCCAUGUGACUUCAAGAGAAAGUUCCACCCUACAACUCAAGAGCACCAUUUCUUGCUAUGGUAUUUCUGGACACAUUUAACCCCAUUAGAAAAAAAAAAAAAAACUGCACAUGCACUGUUUAUCUUGAGGACCCCUGGACUCCCCACAAUGAUUUCUGAUUUUUCAAACCUGCUCUAUAAAGGAAUAAAGGGACCAAAUUAGACUAUGACUGAAGAGGAACUGCUGAUUACUUUGAGCGAGUAAUGACCAAAACAGGACUUUCUAUAUACUUUCAACAAGACACAAGUUUACAGCCAGUCCUCUGCAUCCUGGGGUGUAGUUAAUCACCGUACGAAGUGGAAGUAGAUGGUUCAAGCUGAUGGAACAUUUGAUCCCCAUACGCCUCAUGUACAGAAGAAAAAGGCUUUGGAUAUGUUAAGAAAUGGAUAUCGUUGUGUUAAUGGGUGGAGUUUUUCUUUAUCUCAUCAGCGGGGCCCUUCCUCUCAUGGGCCUCUCCAGCUUUGGGAAAUCCUGAAAGGACUCCCCCUUUCCAUACAGUGACACCCCAGCUGUGAGCUCUCUGUUGAGACUUCUCUUCACACCUGGAAGAAGAAGAAAGAAAGAAACUUCCCUCUCAAUACUUAAUAACCCAACAAAAGACCAGUACAAGACGCUCACACUUGUUUUUCUGCAGAACUGUGUAAAUGGGAUUUUGUAUGACGAGAAAAGCUCUUUUUUUUUUAGAACCCAAUAAGUUUUUCAAUACUUCUGAUUAAUAUAAAUAUUUCUAUGGUGUUUCAAAAAUUCCCUUAGUUUAUUGGAUGUGUAGUUCCUUAAAGACCAAUUUAUGUUGUAAUGAUGUUAGAAAUGCAAGUAGUCUGAAUUUGAUUAAUAAAAUAAUCUUGCUGA